AUUCAAAUUAAAUAAAACAUUACUGAUAAUGGGAGCCCAUUGAGUGGUCGGUGUUUUCUGAAUUGUGUUUGAAUCAGUAACGAUGAAAAAAUGGUGGAAUUGGAUUCUUGUAUUAGCAUUAGUGGGUUUAUUAUUCAUUGUUAUUCCUCUUACUUAUCCAAAGAGCAAAACUAAGGAUGAACUUCGACCAAUGUUCGACAGUUAUAUACAAAAGUUCAACAAAACAUACAAAUAUAAUUUAACCGAAUAUGAAACAAGACUUGAACAUUUUUGUCAUUCCGUUAAAGAAAUAGAAACGUUAAAUUCAGCAUCCAAAGGUCCUGAACACCUGAGAGCUAAGUAUGGCCUUACAAAGUUAUCCGAUUUGUCCAAAGCCGAGUUUCAAGAAAUACAUCUAUCUGAUGAGAAACCACACCAUAACAGAAAUACUAGGAGGAAUAGGCACAGAGGGAGGUCUGAUAAAAAUUAUAUGAAUGACAGAGAUGCAUAUACUGUGUCACUUCAAGAUGAUAAUGAAAUACACAAUGGAAAUAAGAAUAUUCUUAUAAGAAAACGACGGGCUGCUAUUCCACUGCGUGUCGACUGGAGAGAAAAGGGCGUAAUAGGUCCAGUUAGGGACCAAGGGCUAUGCGGCGCAUGCUGGGCGUUCAGUACCGUUGGUACCAUGGAGGCUAUGGCUGCAAUAAAUACGGGAAAACUGAGCUCUCUCAGUGUACAGGAAGUCAUCGAUUGCGCCGGUCUCGGCAACAGCGGAUGUUUGGGCGGCGACAUCUGCCUCUUGCUUGACUGGCUGAUGUUAACUGAUACCGCAAUCCAACCAGACAAUGAAUAUCCUUUGAAGUUGACCAACGGCGUCUGUCACAAGAAAGCCAACGCGACCGGCGUUCGUGUCAAGUCAUUCACUUGUGACGACUUGAUCGGGGAAGAGGAGACGAUUCUGCAACUAAUAGCGACCCACGGCCCGGUGUCUGUCGCCGUUAACGCCCUCACCUGGCAGAAUUAUCUCGGCGGAGUUAUUCAAUUCCACUGCAGUGGCAGCCCCUUGGAUCUCAAUCAUGCCGUGGAGCUGGUGGGCUACGAUAUAAGUGCCGAUGUUCCAUAUUACAUCGCGAAAAAUUCUUGGGGUAAAAUGUUCGGUACCGAUGGUUACAUCCUAUUGGCAAUUGGUAGUAAUAUCUGCGGUCUCGCCAAUGAAGUUGCCAGUAUCGAUAUUAAACCGUAACUUCUGAUUGGUGUUUGUAAUAGUGUUGCCAUUAGUAACGUGUCUUUAUAUUUGAUUAUCAAAUGAUAUUUUUAUACUUAAAAGAUAUGUGGGACCAAUUUACCUCGAAAGUGGAUUUUGUUUGAAGUCUUAGUAUGUAAUGAAAACAUUCGAAUAGUUUUGAAGUUCUGUAGUCAGAUUUAAGUCGGAUCAUAUCACAGUGCAUGCUAGAUCUAUUGGAUAAUGGAUAUAAUACAUAAAAUAAUUAAGCUUAAUAAGAUCUGUUCACAAAAUAUUUUUUUGGGAAGAUUUGAUAAUUAUUGAAAGACCCAAAUUACGAUUUAAGAUAAUAAUGUCUGAUAAUUUAUUGACGCUCGAAUUUAUAUAUCUUGUGGGUUUUUCAUCAACGAUUCUCAGAUUAAGACAAUUCUUUGUCCAAAGACAAAAGUUGUCACAGGCUCAAAAGCAUUGUCGUUGGAUUAAUCUAAAAUAUUUGCCGUCCUUUGAUAUACAAUAUGUUGUUAUUAAUAUUUUAAUGUACUAUCGAUUCUUAAUGAUAAGUUUUCUAGGAUAUAACGUAAACAAAAAGACUCAUUAAUAACGUUGUUAUAAUUAAUUAAGUAAACAGCUCAUGUUAGUUUAAGCUACAUUACUUUCGAACAAAUCUUGCCAUUAUAUAGUUUUAUUUUUGUUAAACGUUUAUUUUACGCAUAUGUAAUUCGAAAACCUUUUUAUACUCUUAUAUACAACUUAAUCAUAUAAUUAGAAUUUAUAAUGACAGUUGGAUGGAUUGUACAAGUUGAAUGUCAAGUAAUGAAAAAAGUUAACUUAAGCUGAGGAUACACAUACGAGAGAAUCUGACAUGCCACGAAUUGAAAUUUAAUAUAUGUAUAAACGUGAUAGUAACUAGUAUGCCAGUAGUGUGUUGGCUAAUGGCUAUGUGUAUUCCCGGCUUAAUGUUGGGUAAUUUAUUUUAAGACUGUUUUGAUUCUAAUUGUAUUAUUUUGUUUACAUUUCAUUUUAUUGUUAUGUUUAAUCUAUGAUUUAUAUAAUAGAUUGAUUUAAACAAAAGUGUAUUUCGUUAUAACUUUUAUUUUUUUAUUAUUUACGAACUUUUUUGUAAUCAAUGAAAAGUGCUGGAAUAUGUGAACGUGCCUUGUUUACACUAUUUCUUUAUUAAUAAGUCAAUGAAAAAUUUUUUGUAAGAAUAUUACUUUUUUACUCGAAUAAAAUUUUUUAAUUAA